AUGCAGAGAAUCCUUGGGACCCUCAUCGCAGGAGCCUGGGUGCUCUUCGCAACAGCCAACUUGACCCUUAAUCCCGUAAAUAAUGAAAAUGGAAUAUUAUUACUUAAACAAGGACUAGUUCUUAAACAGACUGAUACUUUUAGUCUGGCUUGUGUCUAUAAUAUCACUUACCUUCAUGAGGUUACUAUAAAAAUUCUAGCACUAUAUGUUAGCACGAAAGAUGCAGAGGAUAGGUCGUUAUUAGGUAGUAAGGAUAUACGUUAUCAAACAUACAAGAACCAGAUAGAAGCUAGUUUAAGUUUAAUAAAUAAGAAAAUUAUGUUUAUAGCACCGCAUUCAACUAGAGUUAGGCGUGGUAUAAUAAAUGGGUUAGGAUCUGUGGUUAAAGCAAUUACAGGAAAUUUAGACUACGAAGAUGCGAUUAAAUUUGAAAAUGAAAUAUCAAACUUACGAAAUUCAGUUUAUAAAAUUCAAAAUUCUCAGAAACAAUCUUUAUUUUUAGCGGAAAAUACAAUUAAAGAAUUUAGCAAACAAAUACAAAUUAUUAAAGAAAAUGAGGAAAAAUUAGUAAACCUGCUGAAAAAUGCCACUAUUAGUAAUAAUUUAGUAAUUAAUCAUAUGAACUUUUUAGAUUUAUACAUUCAAAUAAAUUUUAGUUUAGAGUUCCUAUUAAAUAAGCUCUUAGUUCUAGAAGAUGCAAUGACUUUUGCUCAGAUAGGUAUAAUGCACCCAAGUAUAAUAGCUCCACAUAAUUUAAUAGAUGAGAUUCAGAACAUGCAAAAGUCAAAUAGAUUUAAAGCAGUAGAUAGCAUAAGCAUCAAAAAUAUACAUAGUAUAGAAAAGUCAAUUAUUGUAAAAGCUUAUAGCACAGAGCACGCAUUAACAUUUAUCCUGGAAAUACCCUCCGUUGAUCCAAACGUUUUUGACCUUCUCCAUAUCUAUUCCAUCCCAGAUAAGCAAAAUUUAACUAUUAUUCCCAAAUCCAAAUACCUAGUACUGGGUAGCGAGGAGUACUCUUACCUGGAGGACAGCUGCAAGAAGAUCACGCAAGAUACCCAUCUCUGCGCGACACUGAACACUCAACCCGUAGAUAAAUCUGAAGACUGCGUUAUAUCACUCAUCAAACAUCAAAAAGCAAACUGUACAAGAGCGAAAAUGAAUCUCAAGCAACAGAAAAUACAGAAAAUAGAAGAAAACAAAUGGCUGAUAAUUCUUCAACACGAUGAAAUUUUAAGAAUUCAUUGCAGUUCAAAAACAACAUACAAAAGGAUAUCCGGGAUUCAAAUAGUCAGCAUCACAAGUGACUGUCAAUUGGAAAUAUCAAAUAAAAUAUUGAGAACAAAUUCUGACACAAUAACAAUAGAUGAAAUCAUUCCAUUACCAAGUACUCCAAUCAUACCAGAAGAAAAGAUACAUUAUAACCUUCAGCUCGAAGACAUCUCACUGGACAGUAUCCAUGAGUUGAUGGAACGUGCAGAAGACAUCCCAAACGAAGAUGGCAUUAAUUGGCAAGUUAUGAUGGCUACCCCGAGUUGGCCCACCAUCGGAAUAUACAUCAUCUGCGCUGGAAUUAUAUGCUGGAAAUUAUACCUAUGGAGGCAAAGCCGAAGUAAAACAUACAAGACGGCGGAACCUGCAGUCAGACAAAACAGUUGCAGCGAGGACGCUACAGGAAGCUGCAAAAUGCGCUUCCAGCUUAAGGAGGGAGGAGUUACGCGACCCAUCGACGCCACCGGCUCAAGUUCUAACAAUGGCUGCUGACCAAGCGUUUCCGUGGGACAAUUCAAAAGUGCAUUUAGUUCAUAAGUUUUAAAUGUAAUGUUUUAAUUAAUUAUUAUUUUAAGAUUAGUCUUGUAGAACAUUUGUAACUAUAAACAUCUUGUAAUUAAUAAAUAAAUAUUUUUUUUAAAAGAAA